AUGGUUGACUUUCAGACUGAUUCGCUCGAUGAUCUGUUCUGCCUGACUCGGAUCUCCUGCGAUGACCUCUCAAUCAUGUUUGAGCUUGAUAUAUCUUUUAACAUCUCAACCUUCCCAUUCUUUGACCAAUCUGAUGAUUGUUUUCUUGGAAAUUAUCUUGUUAUUAACUCGAAGAUUGAUUGUUCACGUAGAAUGCUGUAG